AAGAUGGAGUACCAGGGACAGCAGCAGCACGGCCAGGCCAAGAACCACGUCGACGAGUACGGUAACCCGGCCAUCGUGCCCGGUGGUGGCAUGGGAGCGCAUGGCGGCGUCGGCACCGGUGCGGCCGCCGGCGGACAUUUCCAGCCGAUGAGGGAGGAGCACAAGGCCGGCGGGAUCCUGCACCGUUCCGGCAGCUCCAGCUCCAGCUCGUCUGAUGAGGAUGAUGGCAUGGGCGGGAGGAGGAAGAAGGGUAUGAAGGAGAAGAUCAAGGAGAAGCUCCCCGGCGGCCACGGUAGCGACCAGCAAGCCACGGGCACCUACGGACAGCAGGGUCACACUGGGAUGACCGGCACCGGGGCCACCGGCGGCACCUACGGGCAGCAGGGACAUACCGGGAUGACUGGGACCGGGGCGCAUGACACCACGGCUACCGGCGGCACCUAUGGGCAGCAGGGACACACAGGGAUGACCGGCGCGGGGACGCACGGCACCGGCGAGAAGAAGGGCAUCAUGGACAAGAUCAAGGAGAAGCUGCCCGGCCAGCACUGA